AUGGCUGACCAAAAUAAUUCCUUCUGCAAACCUAUACUGACACCCCACCUGACCCGGCUCUACUGCAUAGUGCUCUUUGGAGGCCUGCUGGGCGUCAUCUCUAUUCUGUUUCUGUUGGUGAAAAUGAACACUCGCUCGGUGACCACCACAGCAGUUAUUAACCUAGUGGUGGUCCACAGUGUUUUUCUCCUGACAGUGCCUUUCCGUCUGACCUACCUCAUCAGGCACGUUUGGACUUUUGGGUUGCCCUUCUGCAAAUUUGUGAGCUCCAUGCUCCACAUCCACAUGUACCUCACCUUCCUGUUCUACGUGGUGAUCCUAGUCAUCCGGUAUCUCACCUUCUUCAAGCGCAAAGACAAAGUGGAGUUCUACAGAAAACUGCAUGCCGUGGCAGCCAGUGCCAGCAUGUGGCUGCUGGUGAUCAUCAUUGUGGUGCCCCUCAUCGCUUCUCAGUAUGGAAAUUCUGGCACGUAUGAUGACCAACACUGCUUCAACUUCCACAAAGAACUUAGUCAAGCAUCUGUGCGAGUCAUCAACUAUAUGAUUGUCAUCUUUGUCAUUGCCAUUGCUGUGAUCCUCUUGUUCUUCCAGAUCUUCAUCAUUCUGUCCAUGGUGCGGAAGCUCCGUCACUCCUUACUGUCCCACCAGGAGUUCUGGGCCCAAUUGAAGAACCUAUUUUUUGUAGGCGUCAUUCUAAUUUGCCUCCUUCCCUACCAGUGUUUUAGGAUCUAUUACUUAUACUCAGUGGGACACUCGAGUGACUGCAAUGAUGAUAUUACAUUUUAUAAUGAAAUCUUCCUGAGUGUUACAGCAAUUAGUUGCUUUGAUUUGCUGCUCUUUGUUCUUGGGGGAAGUCAUUGGUUUAAGCAAAAGACAAUUGACCUAUGGAAUUAUGUUUUGUGCCGAUAG